AUGGCUAGUGAGGACUCAAAAGAUAUGCUGAAGAAUGUGGACUGGAAGACUGUGGGCGGGGCAGUGACUACUGAAUCUAGUCAACCAGUUGUCAAGAAGCGCCUUCCAAAGAAGAUCAGACAAGUCCCUGAGUGUUAUUUUCUGCCUCGGCGAUCUUUGCCUUCAGCGCUGGCAAUCUAUGGUGCCGUGUGUGCUGCUGGAGUUGGUGCAGGAAUGCUGAUUGAGGUGUGGAUAAACAAAAGAUCAAAGGAUUAUCUUUAUGAGCCAGCAUUUGAACCAGACUUCCCAGAGUAUGAUUCAAGGGAUGACCCGUUCGCUCCAACACGAGCUAGUCCAAAAAGUGAGGAUGAUGCAUCGCAGCAGGAAGGUUUCAGCACGGACAUAUCAUUCCUUGGAUCUGACAAGAAUGGUGAUGUCAAUGUGCACCCUUCCGUCUGUGUUCCAAGUGCCCCACCACUACUUGAAGCGAAUGCUUUACAAUAUAGUGCAUACAGGGAGGUGUUGCUUGCAGAUCCACCAGAGUGGUUGCCAGAUAGCUCUGCUAAUGCGUGCCUGCAGUGCAACUUGCCUUUCACGGCUCUGACUCGUGGAAGGCACCAUUGUCGGUUCUGUGGAGGUAUAUUCUGCAAAAACUGUUCCAAGGGAAGAUGUUUGAUGCCCAUGAAAUUCAGGAUUCGUGAUCCUCAGAGAGUUUGUGAUGCUUGCUAUGAGAGGCUCGAUCCACUUCAGGGCUUAUUGAUCAACUACAAUAGUAACUGCAUGCAGCAAGCAAAACACGAUGUCAUGGAUUGGACAAGCACUAGAAGCUGGUUGAACAUGCCUGUAGGUGUAUCAAUGGAGUACGAGAUAUACAAGGCUACAAACACAAUGAAGAAAUAUUGUCAGGUUGCUAGAUUAAACCCUGAGAGGUCCAUCCCAUCAUCUAUUCUCAAGGGAGCGAAGGGACUUGCAAUUCUAACAGUUGCCAAGGCAGGUGCAGUUCUUACGUACAAAGUUGGCACUGGUCUUGUGGUUGCUCGCAGAUCAGAUGGAUCAUGGUCUGCUCCCUCUGCAAUUUUAUCUGUUGGCCUGGGAUGGGGAGUGCAGAUUGGAGGAGAGCUGACAGACUUUAUCAUUGUGCUUCAUGACCGUAAAGCUGUCAAGGCUUUCAGCAGUCGCAUUCAUCUUUCACUUGGAGCAGGAUUGAGUGCUGCAGCAGGACCCAUUGGCAGAGCAUUUGAGGCAGACGUUCGGGCCAGUGAAAAAGGUUCUGGGAUAUGCUACACUUACAGCUGCAGCAAAGGUGCCUUCGUUGGGGUUUCACUGGAAGGGAAUGUGGUGACAACCAGGAUGGAGACCAAUCUACGCUUCUACGGCGAUGCAUACCUGACUGCAACCGAUAUCCUGUUUGGGAGGGUGGAGCGGCCCCGAGCUGCCCAGCCCUUGUACUCAGCUCUAGAUGAUCUGUUCUCCAAAAUGGCUCAGGGAAAGGAAAUGGUUUCUGGCAACAGGAGGGAUGAGCUCAAAGCGGCGUCGCCCACCGUCUUCCACUUCCACGUUCCGCGGCCUCCAAACACGACCAAGGCCAGCAUCCAUGACGCUCGGGAACCCCAACAAGAAUUACGAAGUGAUCUUGGAAUAGCACCACACUUCCACAGGAAUGUCACUGCAAUCAUCGUCUGA